GUGCGUCUGGUUCUGGGUGGUGUGUGGCUGUCACAAGCUGUCAGGAAGCAGCGGACUGUGAAUCAGAGUUGGGGACACUGCACAGAGUUCCAGAAGCAAAGACCUUGCAGUUGGUAGAUUUCAUACAAAACCAAAGCCACUUGCAAGCAUGGCUGGGGCUAUGGCAAACCUGUUUGCUGGAAACCCCAUGACCACCGCAGUGGGACACAAAAUCGAGGAGGCGACCGACCCGUCGCUUGCCUCCGAAGACUGGAGUCGCAACAUGGAGAUCUGCGACCUAGUCAACGCGUCGGACGAGGCGGCGCGCGACGCGGCCCGCGCCAUCAAGAAGCGGCUGCACCACUUCUCCGGCAAGAACUACGCCGCCGUCAUGUACACGCUGACCGUUUUGGAGACAUGCGUGAAAAACUGCGGGAGGAAUUUCCACUCACUGAUUUGUCAGAAGGACUACAUUCAGGACCUUAUCAAGCUGAUCG